GUCGUGACUGUUGAUUCAGAUCGAUUAUAUCAUGGAAAGAUCGAUUCAUCUGCUGCUGUUCUUAGGACUUUGUCUGUUCACCCAGAGCAUCUCAUGUCAGUAUGGGUAUAUUAUGAUCCAGCAGAUGAAGACCUGGUAUGAUGCACAAGCUUACUGCAGACAGAAUCACAUUGAUCUGGCCAUUGUUGAGAAUGAUGAAGACUGGACACGUCUACAAGCAAUAGCGCUAAACAAUAUGAGUUCAGUGGCCUGGAUUGGACUGUACAAUGACAUUAAUAGCUGGCGGUGGUCUUAUGAAAAUGAAAAUGUUGAAUUCUUCAACUGGGAUAGUACACAACCAGACAAUCUCAAUGGAAAACAGGAAUGUGUUAGUUUAUCAAGUGUGUUUGGAUGGCAUGAUAAGGAUUGCACAACGUUAUUUCCCCUUUUUUGCUUUGAUGAAACUCAAACAGGAGCAAACAGAUUUGUUUUAAUCGCCAACGUGAUGACCUGGCGUGAAGCUCAGAUCCACUGCAGACGACAUUUCACAGACCUGGCAAUCAUUCGGACUCAAACUGAGAAUAACCUGCUAACAACAAUGAUGCAAGCAAGUGGGAUUUCUACAGCAUGGAUUGGUCUGUUUAGGGACUCGUGGAAGUGGUCAGAUGGAUCAGAUCGAUCAGAUGGAUCAGAUCGAUCAGAUCGAUCAGAUCGAUCGUAUGGAUCAGAUGGAUCAGAUGUCUCCAUUAACUGGAAAUCUGGAUACCCUAACAUUACAGGGAUGAAGCCACCUUGUGGUGCUGCAGAUUCCAACGGUCUGAUAGUAGAUCAACUUUGUGCAACAACCUUUCCUUUCAUCUGCAUGCAAACGGAGUUAAGGAAAGAGAUCGUGAGAGUGGAGUUCAAAUUUGGCGACAAUCUGAUUGACCCUGAAGUGUUGGAGAGCACCUUUCUGUUGAUAAAGCAGAAACUGAGGAAUCGUGGGAUAAAGAUCACAGGAUUGACAUGGAGAGUGCAACCAGCUGGAAAUAUUUUCUCACCAAAAUAUAACCCAGCAACCAAGGAAAAAUUGCAUUGUUAAUGUGUCAACACUAAUUACAACG